AUGUCGGACUUGACACAAACUUCAACUUCACUCUUAACAGAAGCAGCAGCAGAAACAUUCCCACAAGCUCAACAUUAUCCUCUUCUACCACAACAACAAACAACUGCUAAUGCUCCUACCUUUGAAGAAUUGUUAUCAGAUUCCACUGCAAACAUUCCACCACCCUAUUCAGCAUUCCCAUUACUUCAGCCAUUCACAUCAUCUCAAGGCUUGUCUGCUGCUGCAGAUGCAUUGAUGAGCUCUUCAGCAACAUGGAAAGUCAUUCCUGGCAAAAAAUUGGGACACAUGGAUUUUGUUCCAAGAAUUGUUCAAAAGCGAAUGCUGAAGGAAGAUUUGUAUGACACUCAAACAGAUUUGGUAAACAGAGUCAAUUCAUGGUUGGAAGAACAUCCAGGCUUACAGGUGCUGUCAUGUGAAACAAUAACCUGGUUUGCCAACCAGUACAAAGACAUCUACUCUGAUGUUGUCGUCUGCUCUAAACUUACUGAAAUGUUUUCAAAAGCAAUUUAUCUGAGGGGGAUCAGACUUUGGUUCCUCACUGAUAAAAUUCCCAAGCCAAAUAUAGCAGUGUUGAAGCUACAAACAAUUCAAUGUGAAACGUUUCUUCCAAGGAUCAAAGAAACAUUUGGCCAGUUGAUUGAUAGAGUUAUUUUCAUAAACUUUUUUUUAGGCUCUAUAAUGAAAGUUGAGAUGGUGAAAUUGAUGGUAAAAGAUGGAUUGGUGAGUGUUGAAGCAACACAUUGGGAAGAGAGAGCAAUGGAAGAUGUCAUGUUUGUGUGGUGCGUGCGUGUUUAUUCCAGUCUCUCUGAGGAUUCAAACAAAGACGUUAUCGGAUAUCAAGACUUUGUUCCAGAGUGUUUGCGAAAGAGUCGUGAAAAUGGAGGUUUUGAAGUGUUCAGUGAUCUCAUUGACAAAACUUCCAGGCAUCUUAGUGAUAAAGGAGCUGCUCCUCAUUUUGAGGACAGGUGUAAAUUCACCCAACGGAAUUCAAACCAAGCACCGUAUCUCAGUAUUAUCAGGGUUUUCUAUUUGAUCUCUAAGGAAAAAGUUGAACCUUCAAACAUCUUGCCAAUGAGAAUUUCUUGCAAAACUUUCUUUCCUAUUAUCACUGAUUUGAAAGGUCAGAGGAACUUUGAGUCGGUCAAGCUUCUUGUUGAGAGGAUCAAUCAAUGGCUCAUUUCAAGUGGAGCUAGUUUGGCGAUGAUAGAGACUUCAAGCAUGAUGCUCAUGAGAGAUUUUAGAGUUCCCAUUUUAGGACCAGAGUGCACCUUCCAACAUUUUCCUCCUGAAAAAGAAUCUCUCAAGCAGUUGUUCUUUGUCAGGAGACGACGGAGGAAGUACAGCGUGUAG